GUGCGAGGAAACAAAUCCAGGGAAUGUCAGCUUGUUUAAUAGAUCCAUUCCGAUAGUCAGUGAACUUCCUCGGAGGCCCGGACCUCAGGUCGCUUCCCGACUGCGCAAAAUUUUUCCGUCUCCAAGGCGGCAGAGAUGACCGCCUUUCUGGUUCUCCCGCGCGCCUCGAUGACGUCACACGGCGAGGCUGUCUGACGUCAGAGUUUCCUGUCCACCAUCUUUGUCCCUGGCAAAGUGGGUUUUGCGCAGUGGCUUAGACCUGGAGAAGGAGUCGUGACGUGCAGGAAACCAUUACAACACCGCUCGGGCCGUGCUCUCUGGCCGCUGCUGCCACCCCUGCCCUUGCCUCCGGUGCACAUUAAAGAUCCACAACCAUGACUGACUCCAAGUACUUCACAACCAAUAAAAAAGGAGAAAUCUUUGAAUUAAAGGCUGAACUCAACAAUGAAAAGAAAGAAAAGAGGAAGGAGGCUGUGAAGAAAGUGAUUGCUGCUAUGACUGUGGGGAAAGAUGUUAGCUCUCUCUUUCCAGAUGUAGUGAAUUGUAUGCAGACUGACAACCUGGAACUAAAGAAGCUCGUGUAUCUCUACUUGAUGAACUAUGCCAAGAGUCAGCCAGACAUGGCCAUCAUGGCUGUCAACAGCUUUGUGAAGGACUGUGAAGAUCCCAAUCCUCUGAUUCGGGCCUUGGCAGUCAGAACCAUGGGGUGCAUCCGGGUGGACAAGAUUACAGAAUAUCUCUGCGAGCCCCUCCGCAAGUGCUUAAAGGAUGAAGAUCCCUAUGUUCGGAAGACAGCAGCAGUCUGUGUGGCAAAACUCCAUGACAUCAAUGCCCAAAUGGUGGAAGAUCAGGGAUUUCUGGACUCUCUGCGGGAUCUCAUAGCAGAUUCAAAUCCAAUGGUGGUGGCUAAUGCUGUAGCAGCAUUAUCUGAAAUCAGUGAAUCUCACCCAAACAGCAACUUACUCGAUCUGAAUCCACAGAACAUUAAUAAGCUACUGACAGCCCUGAAUGAGUGCACCGAAUGGGGCCAGAUUUUCAUCCUGGACUGCCUGUCUAAUUACAACCCUAAAGAUGACCGGGAGGCUCAGAGUAUCUGUGAACGGGUAACUCCUCGGCUAUCUCAUGCCAACUCAGCAGUGGUGCUUUCAGCAGUAAAAGUCCUAAUGAAAUUUCUAGAGUUGUUACCCAAGGACUCUGACUACUACAAUAUGCUGCUGAAGAAGUUGGCCCCUCCUCUUGUCACUUUGCUGUCUGGGGAGCCAGAGGUGCAGUACGUCGCCCUGAGGAACAUCAACCUAAUCGUCCAAAAAAGGCCUGAAAUCUUGAAGCAAGAGAUAAAAGUUUUCUUUGUGAAGUACAAUGAUCCCAUCUAUGUGAAACUAGAGAAAUUGGACAUCAUGAUUCGUUUGGCAUCCCAAGCCAACAUUGCUCAGGUUCUGGCAGAACUGAAGGAGUAUGCCACAGAGGUGGAUGUCGACUUUGUGCGCAAAGCUGUGCGGGCCAUUGGACGGUGUGCCAUCAAGGUGGAGCAGUCUGCAGAGCGCUGUGUAAGCACAUUGCUUGAUCUCAUCCAAACCAAAGUAAAUUAUGUGGUCCAAGAGGCGAUUGUGGUCAUCAGGGAUAUCUUCCGCAAAUACCCCAACAAAUAUGAAAGUAUCAUUGCCACUUUGUGUGAGAACUUAGACUCACUGGAUGAGCCAGAUGCUCGAGCAGCUAUGAUUUGGAUUGUGGGAGAAUAUGCUGAAAGAAUUGACAAUGCAGAUGAGUUACUAGAGAGCUUCCUGGAAGGUUUUCAUGAUGAAAGCACCCAGGUACAGCUCACUCUGCUUACUGCCAUAGUGAAGCUGUUUCUCAAGAAACCAUCAGAAACGCAGGAGCUGGUACAGCAGGUCUUGAGUUUGGCAACACAGGAUUCUGAUAAUCCUGACCUUCGAGACCGAGGCUAUAUUUAUUGGCGCCUUCUCUCAACUGAUCCUGUCACAGCCAAAGAAGUAGUCUUGUCUGAGAAGCCACUGAUCUCUGAGGAGACAGAUCUUAUUGAGCCAACUCUGUUGGAUGAGCUCAUCUGCCACAUUGGUUCUUUGGCCUCAGUAUACCAUAAGCCGCCCAAUGCUUUUGUGGAAGGAAGUCAUGGAAUCCAUCGCAAACACUUGCCAAUACAUCAUGGGAGCACUGAUGCGGGUGACAGCCCUAUUGGCACCACCACUGCCACCAACCUGGAACAGCCUCAGGUUAUCCCCUCUCAAGGUGACCUUCUGGGGGAUCUUUUAAACCUUGACCUUGGUCCCCCAGUCAAUGUGCCACAGGUAUCCUCCAUGCAGAUGGGAGCAGUGGAUCUCUUGGGAGGAGGACUAGAUAGUCUGCUUGGCAGUGACCUUGGCGGGGGCAUUGGAGGAAGUCCGGCAGUGGGACAAUCCUUCAUCCCAUCAUCAGUGCCUGCAACCUUUGCUCCUUCACCUACUCCUGCCGUGGUCAGCAGUGGUCUGAAUGACCUGUUUGAACUCUCCACGGGGAUAGGCAUGGCACCUGGUGGAUAUGUGGCUCCUAAGGCUGUCUGGCUGCCUGCAGUAAAGGCUAAGGGCCUGGAGAUUUCGGGAACGUUUACUCACCGCCAAGGGCACAUCUAUAUGGAAAUGAACUUCACCAACAAAGCUCUGCAGCACAUGACAGACUUUGCAAUUCAGUUUAACAAGAAUAGCUUUGGUGUCAUCCCCAGCACUCCUCUGGCCAUCCACACACCACUGAUGCCAAACCAGAGCAUUGACGUCUCCCUGCCUCUCAACACCUUGGGCCCAGUCAUGAAGAUGGAGCCUCUGAACAACCUGCAGGUGGCUGUGAAAAACAAUAUUGAUGUCUUCUACUUCAGCUGCCUCAUCCCACUCAACGUGCUUUUUGUAGAAGAUGGCAAAAUGGAGCGCCAGGUCUUCCUUGCAACAUGGAAGGAUAUUCCCAAUGAAAAUGAACUUCAGUUUCAGAUUAAGGAAUGUCAUUUAAAUGCUGACACUGUUUCCAGCAAGUUGCAAAACAACAAUGUUUAUACUAUUGCGAAGAGGAAUGUGGAAGGGCAGGACAUGCUGUACCAAUCCCUGAAGCUCACUAAUGGCAUUUGGAUUUUGGCCGAGCUACGUAUCCAGCCAGGAAACCCCAAUUACACGCUGUCGCUGAAGUGUAGAGCUCCUGAAGUCUCCCAGUACAUCUAUCAGGUCUACGACAGCAUUUUGAAAAACUAAUAGACUGGUCCGGUGCCCUCUGGCCACCCUGUGAUCGGUGCAAGCCAAGAACUCUUAACUGGAAGAAAAUUGUAUUGCCGUGUAGAAUCUGAACCCAAACACACUGAGGCCACCCACCAAGGUAGUGACUAGUCUAACCUGUGCUAACAUUAGGGCACAACCUGUUGGAUAGUUUUAGCUUCCUGUGACCAUUUGUAACCACUGCUUCAAUCACUUCCCACCUCGUGCCACCUGCUGCUAUCUGUCCUUACUUGUGGACUUCUCCAUCCUGUGCCAGUGGCUGGCAUUUUUGAGUGUAGUUUGAUAUUUUGUAAUCGAGAGCUCGUUUCAAAAGAAGAAAAAGACAAAAAAAAAUUAAAGCAAGGAAAAGUGUCACUGAAA